AUGGAGCUUUUAAAAGAUUCAAUAUUUAGAAAAUUUUAUGAUUUUACUGCAGAUACAAAGAUAACAUUUCAAGAUAAAAUAAGAAUCGAGGUAUUAGCAACCACUGCACUGCGAAAAUACAAUCCUAUUAGAAAUCAGAAGAAAAAACGUUCUUGUAUACUAUAA